AUGGACAAGCCCUGGGCCCUGGGGAUGGCUCUCCUCCUCUUCAGGACCUUCCUCAUCCAUGCUAAGCCCCUAUAUAUCCUGGUGACCCCCCGAGUCCUGCGAAUCGGCAGCCCCGAAAACAUCCAUAUCCAAGCCCACAGUGACUCCAGGCAGCCUCUCGCUGGACGCUUGGAGGUGAACAUCACUUUGUGGGACUUCCCCCUGAAGAGCACCAUGGUGGCUAAGAGACAGGUCGUUCUCUCACCUGGAAACCACUUUAUGGACAAAGCUUCUGUGAUGAUUCCUGAGCACCUGGUAUACCCUCCAAAAUCAGGACUACAGUAUGUCACCAUCCGGGCAGAAUGGGCACCCACCUCCGUCUCCUCGUUCAUGGAGAAACAUGUGCUGGUGGUCCCCCACGCUGGUUACAUCUUCAUCCAGACAGACAAGACCAUCUACACCCCUGACCACUUAGUUCAGUACCGAGUAUUCACUGUGGACCACAAGAUGGAUCCUAACCCAGAGGGAAUCACUGUGCUCAGCCAGAGUCUGCUGGUCAAGGACGGCUUCUUCAUGAACUCCUUCCACCUCCCAGAGCUUGUCAGUUUUGGGACCUGGAACAUUGAAGCCAGCUACGAGAGCGCACCCCAGCAGGUGUUUAAGGCAGCCUUUGAGGUGAAGGAGUACGUGCUCCCAUCUUUCGAGGUCCUGCUGACCCCAAACAAGACUUUCUUCUACCUCAAUGAUGCGGCUCUGGGGGUCGACAUCCAGGCCCGGUAUAUAUUCAACAAGCCAGUGGAUGGACAUGCUCUGGCCAUCUUCGGGGUGACACUGGAUUCCCGCCGGAUCCCCAUCCAAAGCUCCCUGCAGAGGGUGGAGAAAGACACUCUGAUGGCCGCAUUCCAAGGCCCAGAAGAGGACUUCAUUGGGGCCUCAAUCUUUGUCAACAUCACUGUGUUCUCCACAGGAGGUGAGAUGGUCCAGACAGAGACCUCGGGAGUGAAGAUUGUCCGGAGCCCAUACAGCAUCAAGUUCAUCAAGACGCCCCAGUAUUUCAAGCCAGGGAUGCCGUUCCACUUUAGGAUUCCAUCUCAGGUCUUUGUCACAAACCCUGAUGGGUCCCCAGCCUCCAGAGUCCUCGUCCGAAGCAAAGACAAUAAAGUGUACACCUCAGCCAAUGGGGUGGCUGCUCUGACCAUCAACACAGAGGCAGAUCUGAGUCAGCUCCCUAUCCUGGUAGAAACUGAUGAGCCUCUCAGGCCAGAGGAGCAGGCAUCAGCCAGGAUGACAGCUCAGCCUUACUCAACUCAGAAUGGGUCAGGGAAUUUUCUGCAUAUAGAGGUAAAGACAUUGGGCACAGAAGUUGGCAGCAGCAUCUACCUGGACCUCAACACCAGGCAUCAGAACUCCUCAACCAAGGAUCAGAUCACCCACUUCACACUCCUGGUCCUGAGUAAGGGUCAGAUCGUGCAUGCCAAACAUCAGCCAAAAACCCAGGGAGGUGUCUAUACAUCAGUCAUUAUUGAUGUGACUCCAGAAAUGAUGCCCUCCUUCCGCAUCCUGGCCUUUUAUUUAUUGCCCAAAGGAGCAAGUCAGGACCCUGAGUUGGUGGCUGACUCCAUAUGGAUUGAUGUGAAUGACAAAUGCAUGGGGACGCUGAAGGUUGGUUUGAAGAAUGAAGGCCUCUUCCAUCAAUUUGAACCCAACAGCAAGCUAGAACUGAAGGUGACAGGUGAUGCAGAGGCCACAGUGGGACUCGUGGCUGUGGACAAAGCUGUCUAUGUUUUGAACAGUAAACACAAGUUCACUCAGAAGAAGAUCUGGGAUGUGGUAGAGAAGCAUGACAUUGGCUGCACAGCAGGCAGUGGGAAAGACAGACUUGCUGUGUUCAAGGAUGCUGGGUUGGAUCUAAAGAUCAGCACAGGGAUGGAUACACUGGCAAGCUCAGAUUGGCACUGCCCCAAGACCCUCCCUCCUAGCAGCCCCCGCCACCGCCGCUCUCUGAAGAGACUGGAAAUGAAGAGGAAUACAGUGAAUGAGUUCAAGACAGAGCUGGAGAGAAGGUGCUGUGAGGCCGGGCUCCGGGAAAAUCCAGUGGGACUGUCGUGUGCUGAGAGAACCAAGCAUGUCCGCCAUGGUCCAGUCUGCGUGGCCGCAUUCCUGAGGUGCUGCCAUCUGUCGGAGACCCAGACUCGGGAGGCCCUGGAGGAGGAACUGCUUCUGGGGACAAUGGAUGAAGAUGAGGACUUUGAUGACAUCUUCCUGGAAGACGUACCAAUCAGGACCUUGUUUCCAGAGAGCUGGCUCUGGAGGAAGUUUUCUCUGCCAAAAAGUGACUCCGGGCUCUCCCACCACACCAUCUUUACCAACAUUCCAGAUUCCAUCACCACAUGGCAGUUUGUGGCCGUCAGUCUCAAGCCUAAACAAGGACUCUGUGUCUCGGACCCAUUUGAGCUGACAGUUAUGAAAUCCUUCUUUGUGGACCUUAAGUUACCUUCCUCCGUGGUCAGGAAUGAGCAGGUCCAGAUCCAAGCUGUGCUGCACAAUUUCAGAGACAUCCAGGUCAGGGUCCGUGUGGAGCUUCCCUAUAAAGAACCCUUGUGCAGCGCAUCGAAGCCAAGAGCCCCGUAUCGCCAGGCAGGGGGUCAGAUACAGCGGAUAUUCCAUAGCAUCUUCCUGAACCCCCAAGGUCACACGCAGACAGCGGUGGUGUCAAGUCAAGACAUUUGGAACAAGGUGCCAGACACUCAGGCAGAAGUGUUUGUCAGCGUCCAAGGUUAUACCCAGAUGCUGACUCACCGGAGUGCAGAUGGCACCUACCAUGUCCAAAAGGGAAACCCAGGAAGUACCUGGCUCACGAGCUAUGUGUUCCGGAUCUUCGCCCUGGCCUACCCCAUCAUGACAAGCAGCGUGCUCGACCUGAACUCUCUUUGUGACAUUGCCCGCUGGAUCAUCACCCAGAGGCAGGUGGAGGAUGGACACUUCCUGGAAAAGGGCCCUGUGAUCAUGAAGUCGAUGCAGGGUGGCUACCGAGGCUCCGAGGCUGACAUAUCCCUCACAGCACUUGUCCUGAUCGCCUUGAAUAAGGGGAAGGAGCUGUGCAGCCAAAAAAACUUGAUCACCAGCAUCGAGAAAGCCCGUAGCUUCCUGGAGAGACAGCUUUCUGACAUUAAGACAGCCUUUGCCAUGGCCACAGUCUCCUAUGCACUGGCCCUCAGCAAUAGCCCCCAAGCCAAUGACCGCCUUGACAUCUUUGCCAGCUAUGACAAAACCCAUUGGCCAGAGAAAGAGAAGGACUGGUUCUCCCUGUACACCAUUGAGGCCACUGCCUAUGCACUGCAGCAAAAGCUGGAGCUCGGUCGGAUCAAUGAGACGCAUGCCAUAGCCAAGUGGCUACUGGAGAAGCGGGAGAUGGGAGGGGGCUUCAAGUCCACGCAGACAACGGUAGUGGCUCUCGAGGCCCUGACUCGCUUCCGUGAAGUUGUCCCCUUUGAGGACGUCCAGGAUCUCCGCAUCCAGAUCAGCACCCCUAAGAGAGCUAGGGACGUGAAAUGGCUCAUUGACCAGAAUAACGCCUAUGAGCAGCGGUCAGCAAAGUUCUCAGCCCAGGACGACCUAGAGAUCAAAGCCAGUGGCACUGGACGAGGCACCAUCUCGAUCCUGACCAUGUACCACAGGAUCCUGGAGUCAUGGGAGGACACUUGCAACCAGUAUCACCUGAAUGUGACCUUCCGCAGUGUCCCAGAAGAGAAGAAAAGGGGAGAUGAAACCUUCCAACUCCGGAUGGAAACAAGGUUCCUGGGUAAUCGAGCAGCCACAAUGACCAUGAUGGAGAUCUCCCUGCUUACUGGCUUCUACCCCAAUCAUGAUGACCUCAAACAGCUCACCAGUGACAUGGAGAUGUAUGCCUUCCAAUAUGAGACCAAAACAAGCUCCAGCGACAGCACCGUGGUACUCUACCUGGAAAAGCUCUCCCACGAGGAAAACACGGUGCUGGGCUUCCGGGUUCACAGGAUGUUGCAAGUCGACUUCCUGCAGGCGGCCAUGGUCACCGUCUACGACUACUAUGAACCUUCCCUGAGGUGCAGCACCUUCUACAACCUGCCGAGGGAGGACUCGUCUCUGCGGAAGAUCUGCCACAAAGAAGUCUGCAGAUGUGCCAUGGAACACUGCCCAGUGCCGAAGAAGGGCCAACUGAGCCUCCAGGAGCUUCAGGCCGCGGCUUGUGAAGUGGGCGUAGACUAUGUGUACAAGGCCAAACUGGACACUGUGGAGACCUCGGAUUCCAACCCCAAUGUCUACUAUAACAUGCAGCUCCAAGUUAUCAUCAAGAGUGGCACCGAUCUUGCUGCACCUCUCACCACGAAGAAAUUUGUCUCCCACGUCACCUGCCACAGCUCUCUGGGACUGCAAGAACAGGAGACUUACCUCAUCAUGGGCCAGAUCACAGAUCUGUGGCGAGUCAAAUCUGACUACACCUACGUCCUGGGCAAGGAGACCUUCCUCAUGCAUUGGCCAGCAGAGAAGGAUGUGGACAAGAAGGAUAUUCUGGCUCAGUUGCAGGAAUUUUCAGAAUAUAUGCAUGUCCAUGGCUGUGAGUCCUGA